AUGGCCAGAAAGAUCCUCACCAACACCAGGGAGCGAUGGAGGCAGCAAAAUGUCAACAAUGCCUUUGCCAGACUGAGGAAGCUCAUCCCCACUCAUCCUCCCGAUAAAAAGCUGAGCAAGAAUGAAACCCUGCGCCUUGCAAUGAGGUACAUCAACUUCCUGGUCUCCGUCCUGGGGGACCAAGGCCUGGCGCAGACAGGAGUGGGGCCUCAUGGAGGCGUCUUGGGACUGUUCCAGCAAGUGCCUGGCUUGCGAAGCCUAGAAGACCUGACUCCUCUUGGAGACUCUAGGGCUCCCUCACCUGAACCAGACAGCCACCUCCCAGAGUGCUGGCCAGAACCGCCAGUCAUAGAGCACUGA